AUGACGUUCCUUUGCGGCGCAUCUUCUUUAGAGGAAGUUAAGGAACUGAAGAGUCAACUUUCUGGUAUAUUGGCGAAAGGAGGAAUGCAGCUUCAUAAGUGGUCCAGCAGCCACUUAGAACUGGCUUCAAAUAUCGAUGGAGGAUAUGACUUUGAAAAUCUCAUCGAGACAAAGACGUUAGGAGUGUCCUGGAAAUCACUAGAGGACUGUUUUGUUUUCAGAGUUGCAGUCGAUUUAAAGAAUUCUUACAACAAGAGAUGUGUUAUUUCAACUAUUGCUAGACUUUUCGACCCACUGGGACUACUUGGUCCAGUAGUCGCAAAAGCCAAAAUCUUCAUGCAGAGCCUUUGGAGUCUUAAAAUUGACUGGAUGGAUGAGUUGCCACCUGAAAGAGCCAACGAAUGGCACCAGUUCCUUGAAGAUUUCAAGAGUAUAAACAGUAUCUGUAUUGAAAGGUGUAUUGUGCAUCCGCAUGCGACGAGGAUUGAAUUACACGGUUUUGCCGACGCUUCAGAAAAGUGUUACGGGGCAGUGAUAUACUGUCGUUCUUAUUCGUCAAACGGCAUACCAACGGUGAAACUUGUGACGAGCAAAAGCAGAGUUGCACCCGUGAAAAGUGUCACAAUACCGCGGCUUGAGCUGUGUGCCGCCGUCCUCUUGUCAAAGCUGAUGAAACGAGUUGUGAUUGCUUUACAAGUUGAUUCACCUCCAACGUACCUUUGGAGUGAUUCAACAAUCGUUUUAGCAUGGAUCCAAAAGGACCCUAACAUGCUAAAGACCUUUGUGGGAAAUCGAGUUUCCACCAUUUAA